GUAUUGUGUGCUUAUUUGAGACAGUCACAGGUUUUUGUUUUCUGCCGGAAUCGUCGCGUCUGCGGUCCUUCUGUUUCCGUAUCUGGGAGGAGAGCAGCGGUGUGAUUUCAGAGGAGUCUUUUAUCUGGCAAAAUGCAGGACCCGAACGAAGACACAGAGUGGAAUGAUAUCUUGAGGAAGAAAGGCAUUCUUCCUCCCAAAGAGGUACCUAAAGAUGAUGAAGAGGAGGAGUUGGCUCUCCAACAGCAGUCUGUGGUCAAAACAUAUGAGAGCAUGACAAUGGAAGAACUGGAGGAGAAUGAAGAUGAAUUUGGUGAAGACGAUGAGGCUGCCAUUGAGAUGUACAGACAGAAGCGUCUUGCAGAGUGGAAGGCGACUCAGAUGAAGAAUGUGUUCGGGGAGCUGGGGGAAAUCUCAGGGCAGGACUACGUCAAGGAGGUCAACAAGGCCGGAGACGGCAUCUGGGUGGUGCUGCACCUCUACAAACAGGGGAUCCCUCUAUGUACCCUCAUCAACCAGCACCUGAGCACGUUGGCCAGGAAGUUCCCUCAGACCAAGUUCCUCAAGUCCAUCUCCACCACCUGCAUCCCCAACUACCCCGACCGCAACCUGCCCACCAUCUUUGUGUAUUUAGAGGGAGAGAUGAAGGCCCAGUUCAUUGGGCCGCUGGUCUUUGGGGGCAUGAACCUCAAAGUUGAAGAGCUGGAGUGGAGGUUAUCGGAGAGUGGGGCGGUGAAGACGGACCUGGAGGAAAACCCCAAGAAGCAAAUCGAAGACAAGCUAAUGUCAUCGAUCAGAUGUUCGCUUCCUACACGAAAGGACAGUGACUCUGAGGACGAGGACUAUUAGGAAUAAAAACGCCUGUCACUCCAAACCAGAAAGGCUGUGUGCUUAAAACAUCUGAUGAUGAGCAGGGACAGAGAAGGGACGGCAUCCCCUUUAUCAGCAUAUACAUUUCAUAUUUUGACCAUGUAGAUGGCGCUUUUAUACAGGGAUCAAUCCUGCUCAAGGGCAUUUGGGACAGGACACUUGGCUGGAGAGAAUCAAACCUAUGACCUUGUUGUUGAACCAGCCAGCCUGUACAUCUCUGUGGGAAAGUGGGGAAAACAGCACAACAAUCACUCUUUUGUAAUUUCACCAAACAUCCAACUCCAUCACCUCAAUCUUUACAAAAGCAUCAAAAACAAAUUUUAACUUUUUUAUUAUGUUUCAUGAUAGUUGAAAAUGUACACGUACAUUUAAAUCUGUUAAAUUAAAUGUGAGUUUACCUCUUUGCCACAAUAAUCUGUGCAAGUUCUCAUUUUUUUGGAAUCUGUGUCACUGUUGAUUAUAAAGAACUUGCUUAAGAGAUUA